AUGGAUGAAAUUCUUUAUGCCUCAGUUGUCGGAAGUUUGAUGUAUGCUAUGGUGUGUACUAGACCAGACAUUGCUUAUGCGGUUGGUACUGUGAGUUAUUUUCUCUCUAAUCCAGGCAAAGAAAAUUGGAAUGUUGUUAAAUGGAUUAUGAGAUAUUUCAAAGGUACAACUAACUUGAGCUUGAGUUUUGGUGGUGAGAAACCUUUGCUAGUUGGCUUUACUGAUGCAGACAUGGCAGGAGAUAUUGAUUCUCGAAAUUCUACUUCAGGUUAUUUGGUCAAAUUUGUAGGGGAGCUAUUUCAUGGCAGUCAAGGCUACAAAACACUUGAUUUCAAACAAGACCGUUAUGUGUUGUUAUGUGAUAGUCAAAGUGCUAUUCAUCUUGCCAAGAAUUCUACUUUUCAUGCAAGAUCUAAACAUAUUGAUGUUAGGUAUCACUGGAUAUGGAAUGUGUUAGAUUUUAAGUUGUUUGAACUCGAGAAAGUUCACACUAAUGACAAUGGUGCUGAUAUGAUGACAAAAGCACUGUCAAAAGAAAAGCUUGAAACAUAUGAAGUCAAAAUAUAUUAUGAUUGUCGGUAUAUAUCUUCAUGUGAGUCUGAUUGGAGAAUAUUUACAUUUGAUAUUCACUAUAGAAGACUUUUAGUUGAACGGUUAAACUUUCACUUGCCCGAUGAACAACCAGUUAUCUUUGAAGAUCAAGACAAUUUGCAAAGAACUAUUGAUAAAGCAACAAUUAAAGAAUCCAUGUUCAUAGCUUGGUUUCAAGCAAACACAGAGUAUGAGGCAGCUAGACAAUUAACUUAUAACAAUUUUUCAACUGAAUUUGUUUGGAAACACAGCCUUAGAAUAUGGGAGCCUAGGAAAACAAACACUGCUAUUGGUAGAUUAUUCUUUGUCCCUCCAUCUGCAGGCGAAUUAUACUAUUUAAGAAUGUUACUCAACAUUGUUAAAGGGCCAAGAAGCUAUGAAGAACUUCGAUCUUUCAAUGGUGUUGUUUAUCCUACAUUCAGAGAUGCAUGUUACGCGCAUGGGUUACUUGAUGAUGAUCAAGAAUACAUUGAUACUAUUGAAGAAGCAAGUCAUUGGAGUUUUAGAUAUUAUCUGAGAAAGCUGUUUGCAACUCUUUUGUGGUCAAAUUCAAUGACUUGGUCUGAAGUAGUUUGGCAGAAAUGUUGGACUUUACUUUCAGAUGGGAUACUACAUAAUCAUAUAACUAUGUUCAAUUUACCAGAUUUGGUUUUAUCAGAUGAUGAAUUAUCAGAGCUUACUCUAAUAGAGAUUGAAAAAAUAUUUAACAGCAAUGGCAAAACACUUCGAGAAUAUGCAACAAUGCUAUUUCCCAACACGGAUAACAUCCACAGCAUGAGACGUGGCUCUUUGCAAAACAAAUUAAUAUUGGAUGAACUCCGUUAUUAUCGAGUUAUGUUGGCUAAGCAACACAAGCAAUUUUUAUCACAAAUGACAACAGAAUAA